GACCUAAACCCCUCUUUUAAAUCCACCACCGGAAUUCUCCUCUCCUCCUCCAGCCAAACCCCUCCUCCCAAAACCCUAGCUCCUCUCUCCCCCAUCAAAAUCCUCACCAACCCUAGCCGCCGUCUCACAAAACCCUAGCCUUCACCAAUGGAGUGGAACCCUCAAGACCUCCACACACUCUCCCAAUGCUUCGUCAACACUCUCUCCCCCUCGCCGGAGCCCCGCCGCCGCGCCGAGGCCAUGCUCACCGAGUUCUCCCAGAAGCCGAACUACGGCCUCGCCGUCCUCCGCCUCGUCGCCGAGCCGAACGUCGCCGAGGAGAUCCGCCAGGCCGCCUCCGUCAACUUCAAGAACCACCUCAAGGUGCGGUGGUCCCCCGCGCAGAACUCCGACGAGCCGACGAUCGGUGACGCCGAGAAGGAGCAGAUCAAGGCCUUAAUCGUCUCCCUCAUGCUCAACGCCACCCCCAAAAUCCAAGGCCAGCUCAGCGAAGCCCUAGUCCUCAUCGGCAAGCACGAUUUCCCGAGGCUGUGGCCCACUCUGCUCCCGGAGCUCAUCGGAAGCCUCCAGAAGGCGUCACAGGCCGGCGACUACGCCUCGGUUAACGGUAUUCUUGGCACUGCUAACUCUAUUUUCAAGAAGUUUAGGCAUGAGUAUAAGACCAAUGAUCUACUGCUUGAUUUGAAAUACUGUUUGGACAAUUUCGCCGCAACUUUGUUAGAGAUUUUCAUGAAAACGGCUAGUGUGAUUGAGUCAGCCUCCAAUGCCGGUGGCGGUAAUGCCGCGGCACUCACGCCGCUGUUUGUGUCUCAGAGGUUGUGCUGCAGGAUUUUCUUCUCGUUGAAUUAUCAGGAGUUGCCUGAGUUCUUCGAGGACCAUAUGAAUGAGUGGAUGACUGAGCAGAAUAAGUACCUGGCCAAUAGUUAUCCAGCGCUUGAGAGUAGCGCCGAGGGGCUUGCGCUGGUGGAUGAGUUGCGUGCUGCAGUGUGUGAGAAUAUUAAUCUUUAUUUGGAGAAGAAUGAGGAGGAGUUUAAGCCGUACUUGAAUGGUUUUGCACAGGCUGUGUGGAAUUUGUUGACGAAUGUCUCUCAAGCGUCAGGCCGUGAUCAGCUUGCUGUUACUGCUAUUAAGUUCUUGACGACUGUUAGCACAGGUGUGCAUCAUAGUCUGUUUGCUGUUGAGGGAGUGAUACCCCAGAUUUGUCAGGGCAUUGUGAUCCCGAAUGUGAGGUUGAGGGAUGAGGACGUGGAACUCUUUGAAAUGAAUUACAUUGAGUUCAUCAGGAGGGAUAUGGAGGGCAGUGAUAUUGAUACUAGGAGGAGGAUUGCCUGUGAGCUUCUUAAAGGGAUUGCUAUCAAUUAUAAACCACAGGUUACCAAUUUGGUUUCUGUACAGAUACAGAAUUUGCUAACCUCUUUUGCCACAAACCCAGCUGAGAAUUGGAAGGAUAAGGACAGUGCAAUAUACUUGGUUGUAUCACUUGCAACUAAGAGGGCUGGUGGCACUUCUGUUACAACUGAUCUGGUUGAUGUUCAGAACUUCUUUGGGACAGUGAUUGUUCCAGAACUGCAGAGUCAGGAUGUGAAUGGAUCUCCAAUGCUUAAGGCAGGGGCGUUGAAAUUUUUUACAAUGUUCCGGAACCAUAUACCAAAGCCGAUGGCAUUACAAUUUUUUCCAGAUUUGAUUCGGUUUCUUCGUGCAGAGUCCAAUGUAGUUCACUCGUAUGCUGCAAGUUGUAUUGAGAAGCUUCUGAUGGUAAAGGAUGAGGGUGGCCAAGUAAGGUAUACUUCAAUAGAUAUUUCACCUCUGCUGCCACAACUGAUGAACAACCUCUUUGAGGCUCUGAAGGUUCCAGAAUCUGAGGAAAAUCAAUACGUUAUGAAGUGUGUCAUGCGAGUUCUCGGGAUUGCAGAUAUAUCCCAUGUGAUUGUUGGACCUUGUAUUACUGGGCUGACAUCAAUACUCAACAAAGCUUGUGAAAACCCCAAAAAUCCAGUAUUUAACCACUAUAUUUUUGAGUGUGUGGCAGUCCUUGUGAAGCGAGCAUGUGUGAAGGAUGCCUCUCUCAUAUCGGUUUUUGAGGUAAACCUUUUCCCCAGUAUCCAGAAGAUAUUAGUUGAAGAUGUGCAAGAGUUCUAUCCUUAUGCACUUCAGCUGCUGGCUCAACUUGUUGAGUUGAAUAGGCCUCCCAUUCCACAGAGUUACAUGCAGAUUUUUCCUAUGCUUUUGUCCCCCGACUCGUGGAGAAAGGCUUCCAAUGUCCCUGCUCUUGUGCGUUUGCUUCAAGCAUUCCUUCAGAAGGCACCCCAUGAGCUCAACCAAGAGGGGAAGUUGAGACAGGUCCUUGAGAUAUCCAAUAAGCUAGUCUCAGCCCGUAGUACUGAUGAACAGGGUUUCUAUGUGCUAAAUACUGUUGUUGAGAGCCUUGAUUUUAAUGUGCUUGCACCGUACAUUGGUCAGAUUUGGAGUGCCCUUUUCACAGUGCUUCAAAGCAGGCAGACAGGGAAGUUUAUCAAGUGUCUCGUGAUUUUUAUGUCACUAGUUCUGGUCAAACAUGGCUCUGCAAACCUUGUCGAUUCAGUGAAUGGCAUCCAGGCCAACCUAUUUCUGAUGAUAUUGGGGCAGUUCUGGAUACCUAAUCUUACGAAUAUUACAGGAAUCAUUGAGACCAAGUUGACUGCAGUUGCAUCAACGCGACUUUUGUGUGAAUCUCAAUUGCUUCUGGAUGCUGCAGCUGUUGAUCCCUGGGGGAAAUUGCUUAACAGCAUUGUGACCCUUCUUUCACGAACUGAGCAGGAGAGAGUCGAAGAGGAUCCUGAGAUGCCUGAAUUUACCGAGAAUGUUGGAUAUUCUGCCACUUUCAUUCGACUGCACAAUGCUGGGAAGGCUGAGGAUGAUCCACUGAAAGAUAUAAGAGAUGCGAAAGAGUUUUUGGUUGCUUCGUUGGCUAGGCUUUCUGCACUUUCACCUGGCAGAUACCCUCAAAUCAUCAAUCAAUAUGUUGAACCAACCAAUCAGACAGAACUACUUCGUCUUUGCAACUCUUAUAACUGCCUAAUUGUUUAAGAUUUCGUGUGGUGAUGAAGAAGAGGGUCUUCUAUUUAACUUUUGUUGAAUCUCUGUGCAUGCAUUUGUGAGCAACAAUUAUCGUCUCAUAGUUAACAGUUUUGGAUGAUAUACCUUCAUUUCUGCAACUCUUAAGAUGGUCUGCAGUGCUAUGGGGUUUUUGGUUACAGUUUUCCAGAGUCGGUCUUCCAUGCAUAGCAAUUAGCAAGCACCCGGUGGGUAAUUUGCAUAUUACAGUUGAAGUUCUAUACCAUCACGGAAAUUUCUACCGAGUCCUGUCUGUACGGACUACAUGUUGUCAUGUAAACUUGCCUUUGUCCUGUAUUAUUGCAUGUAUACAUUAUUGCAUCACUAUGAAUUCAAUGUUAAUGAA